GGGCUCAUCUGCUCUGACGUUCCCCUUAGCUUUACUCACCCCCUUCAAGUUUCGAUCGUUCAUCAGCGCGCCUUCUAUUUCUCUUCUCCCGUUUUCACAAAUCCCCUACAAACUUGUACUACGAUGACCAUCGAAGGGAUCCUUUCUUAAUCCCAAGUUAAUAUAAAACUGAGUUUCCACAAAAUUGCAAAUUAUGGGAGAGAUACAGGAAAUCACUGAAUGUCUGACGCUUUAGAAGGGGGUUGGUGAAUGAAUUAAGUACAUAACAUAACUUUGUGUGUCUUUUUUCAGAGUGGGAAAUCUAAUCCCGGUACUUUCAGGUUCUCUCAUUAGUCCUUAGCAAUUUGUCACUGGCUCAAAGAAGCCUUCGGCGAACAAGACAAUCAGGUACUUGUCAAAUGGGCAGGGCAUCAAGGGAUAAGAGGGAUAUCUACUACAGAAAAGCAAAAGAGGAGGGCUGGCGUGCUCGAAGUGCCUUCAAGCUCCUUCAGAUAGACGAGGAAUUCAAUAUAUUUGAAGGAGUCAAGCGUGUGGUAGAUCUAUGUGCCGCACCUGGUAGCUGGAGCCAGGUUUUGAGUCGCAAAUUGUAUCUUCCGGUAAAGCUGUCACCUGAUUCAAAGGACAGCGAUCUUCCACUUAUUGUGGCUAUUGAUUUGCAGCCAAUGGCUCCAAUUGAAGGUGUAAUUCAAGUGCAGGGGGAUAUCACAAAUGCUCGAACAGCCGAAGUGGUCAUUAGACAUUUUGAUGGAUGCAAGGCUGACCUGGUUGUCUGUGAUGGUGCUCCUGAUGUUACCGGACUCCAUGACAUGGAUGAAUUUGUUCAGUCGCAACUCAUUUUGGCAGGAUUAACAAUAGUUACUCACAUACUCAAGGAAGGUGGAAAGUUUAUUGCAAAGAUAUUCCGGGGAAAAGAUACAAGUCUCCUUUACUGUCAGCUGAAAUUAUUUUUCACCGAUGUGACUUUUGCGAAACCAAAAAGCAGUCGUAAUUCAAGCAUAGAGGCCUUUGCAGUUUGUGAGAAUUACUCCCCUCCUGAAGGAUUUAAUGAGAGAGAUUUGCAACGCCUCCUAGAAAAGGUUGGAAGUCCUUCUGGCGUUGAUGAUCUAGAUUGCAGUAGUGGGUGGCUGGAAGGGCCAAAUAAAGUGUAUAUCCCAUUUCUGGCUUGUGGGGACCUCAGUGGAUACGACUCGGACCGGUCAUACCCUCUCCCUAAAAGUGCUGAAGGAACUUACCAAAUCUUGGGUCCUGUACAGCCACCAAUUGCUCCUCCUUACAAGAGAGCUCUUGAAAUGAAGAAAGCUUCCAGUCAGGGAAUUCGAGAUUUUGAUAAGCUCUCUCUUGAUCCAUGACGGUACUAUUUUAUUUCCAUACUUUUGAGUUAUAUGGCAUCGCUAAGAUUUGAAAUCAUGGAUUGCUGGAUUUCAGUUUUUACUAGUGAGAACAUGGGCUGUCGGGAUCCACAUGGGGGUAAUUACCCUUUGAUUAUAACAGUUGUUCCAUUCAUCAUAUGGUUUUAUGCUGCCUGUAAAGAUGAUUCUCUCGCGGGGGUUUAUUUAUCUAAUGAUGCUCCUUUGAGGAGGUUAUCAUUCCUAUCAUAAA